GCUAAGGAGCGGAGGAAGAUCUGCCAAGCUUCCGGGUGAGGGGUCACCAUGGCGGUCGGCAAGAACAAGCGGAUCUCCAAGGGCAAAAAGGGAGGCAAGAAGAAAGUGUAAGCGGCACGCCAGGCACCAGAUCAGCUGCGACGAGGGCGGCACGACAGAAGGGUGCAUGGGGGUGACGCCUGUGUGUGUCUUGUGUCAUGUGUGUGCCAGCGGCGACCCCUUCGCCAAGAAGGAGUGGUAUGAGCUCAAGGCGCCCUCCAUGUUCACCGUCCGCAACUUUGGCCAGACGCUCGUCACCAAAUCAGCAGGGACAAGUAAGACACACCCCAGCUGGCCACACACAGACGACACACUGACUGGCACGAACCUCCUCUCACCUGUGUGUGUCGUCGUUGGUGGGUUCAGAGCUGGCGAGUGACGGUUUGCGUGGUCGCGUGUUUGAGAUCUCCCUGGCUGACCUCAACGCCGACUCGGAGGAUGUGGCCUUCCGCAAGAUGAAGCUCUGCUGCGAGGAAAUCCAGGGUGAGUGAGCAUCACGACGGAACGACGUGACACACAGGGAGAGGGCCAUGUCGAUACAUCUUCUGCGUUGCUUUGAUCGAUCAUUAAUCAACGGUGCUUUUUCAGGCAAGAACUGCCUGACGGAUUUCCACGGCAUGGAUUUCACCCGCGACAAGAUCUGCAGCCUGGUGCGCAAGUGGCACUCGCUCAUCGAGGCCCACGUCGACGUCAAGACUACCGACGGAUACCUCCUGCGCAUGUUCUGCAUCGGAUUCACUAACAGGAGGUAGGGAACCAACACACACGCAUACACAUACCUACUGAUGCGAUGCGGGGGAUCGGUGGCACACGUGUGUGUGUGUGUGUGUGUUGUUUGCAGGCCGAAUCAGACCAAGUCGACGUGCUAUGCGCGUUCUUCGCAGGUUCGGGAGAUCCGGAGGAAGAUGAUCGAGAUCAUGACCAGUGAGGCCAGCAAAGUGCAGCUCAGGGACCUUGUCAGGAAAUUGUACGUAAGGCAAGAAAGAGAGAAAUACAACACCCGGGGGAGUGAAGCGCGUGCGUGGGUGCUCGUGUGUGUGGCCGUCUGUCUGUCUGUGAAUGUGUAUGCUUCCCCCCUGCAGCAUCCCCGAGUCGAUCGGCAAGGAGAUCGAGAAGGCCUGCAAGUCCAUCUUCCCCCUCCAGAACGUCUUCAUCCGCAAAGUCAAGAUCCUCAAGAAACCCAAACUCGACCGUAAUACCUAACCCACACACCACCAAAGAAACCAACACGCACAUUCCAUCCAUCACCCAUGGACCAAGCUCCCCCUCGUUGUGUGGUGGUGUGCGCAAUCAAUCAUCAGUGCAAAGGUUGGCUGAGCUGCACGACACCACCAGUGGGGACAGCGGUUCGCGGAUGGAGCGGCCUGAGGCAGAGGAGGCCAAGAACCUCCUCGAGGAGGGCGCUGACAAGGAGUGAUGACAGACGGCUCUGUCGGCGGCCGUCCAUCAGAUGCAGGCCUUAUACGCCACGCAGCGUCACUCUUUCAUGUGAUGCUGCGUGACGUGUUGGACCUGUAGUGGAUGGAUCGGUUGCUGGCUGGGCGACAGCAGAGCAGGAUGCUGUGUUCAUGCAUUGUCCAUGUGCUGCAUUGCAUGCUGUGUGUGCUCGGUGGCCG